CAACUGGGAAGCAACUCCUACAAGGACCCACUGAUUGACAAUGGAGUCCAAGAUCCUAUCAGAUCAAGGACAUUAGUUCUUCGGUCAAAUCUCGCCUCUUGGAUCCCCGGCCAACUUUUCCAUCUCAAAUUUUCUUUUCUUCUUACGUGGGUCACCUUGCUCUUUCGGUCUUCUUUCGUCCCUGUAGACUGCAAUUUUUCCCCAUUUUCUCAUUUUAUCAGAAGAAAUUUCCACAAAACUUGGGCUGCCCAUUCCAUAGCACACUGGUUUUUCAAUUGGGUUUUUUUUUUUUUUUUUCCACUAUUUUUCAAAAUUUUGUAAUGAAGGAAAGGUUGAUUUUUGGGGAGGUAGAACCGUAGAAGAAGAGAAGAGUAUUCUGCAAUCUCUUCAUUUAUGACAAGAAAUUUGUCAAUACUUGAGGUACCCAUCUCAGGAAACACUGAAUUCCGAAUUGGGUCUCUCUCUCUCUCUCUUUUCAAAUUUUAUGUAUAAAGACUAAAGACGAGGGUUGAUUCCUGCACGAGGUGGAAGAAGCAGAUAGUAUUGUGCAAGCUUUUUAUUUCUGAAUUCAUUUCAGAAAAGGCUGGUUUUUAACAAGGUUGAUUCAUGGAUGAGGUGGAGGAAACAGAAACUCUUAAACAUCAAGAAGAGACCCAUAAGAGGAAGAACCCAAAAGUGGUGUUUUGGAACUUCAUAUGGAGGCCUGUGUAUUGGUUCAGAAUGCUUGGUGAUGAAUUGCAUUGGAGCUUUGUGUUGAGUGUGGUGAUUGUGUAUGGGAUGAAUCAGGGUUUGAGUGUGGGUUUGAGUAGGGUUAGUACACAGUAUUACAUGAAAGAUGAGCAAAAGGUACAGCCUUCUGAAGCACAAGUCUUCUUUGGGAUGAUUCAACUCCCAUGGGUUAUCAAACCUCUUUGGGGUCUGCUCACUGAUAUUCUUCCCAUUAUUGGCUACAGAAGAAGGCCCUAUUUCAUUUUUGCUGGUUUUCUUGGUGUAAUCUCCAUGCUUUCCCUAGCACUGCACAAGAAGAUGCAUCUUGUGUUGGCCUUGUUAUCUCUAAUGACAGGAAGUGCUGGCAUAGCAAUAGCAGAUGUGACCAUCGAUGCCUGUGUGGCACAGAACAGUAUCAGUCAUCCUUCCCUUGCUGGUGACAUGCAAAGCUUGUGUGGACUGAGCUCUUCCAUUGGAGCCCUGGUGGGAUACUCACUCAGUGGCUUUCUUGUUCACGUUGUUGGGCCUAAGGGUGUGUUCGGGGUGCUGAGUGUCCCAGCUGGGUUGGUCAUCUUGGUUGGGAUGUUUCUGAGAGAGCCCCAUGUGCACAACUUUUCAUACAGACGGGUGAACCAGAAAUUUCUGGAUGCCUGCAAAGCUAUGUGGACCACACUGAAAUGCCGAGAGGUGUGGAGGCCUUGCUUAUACAUGUAUUUGUCACUUGCAGUGAGCUUGAAUGUGCGUGAAGGGAUGUUCUAUUGGUAUACAGAUGCAAAGGGAGGUCCAUCUUUUUCGAAGGAGGUUGUUGGAUCCAUAUUCUCUGUUGGUGCAGUUGGGUCCCUCUUAGGGGUUCUUCUCUACCAAAAUGUCUUAAAAAACCACCCCUUCCGUGAUAUACUCUUCUGGACCCAGUUGCUGUAUGGUUUAUCUGGUAUGCUGGAUUUGAUAUUGGUAUUACGUAUAAAUUUGAAACUUGGUAUAUCAGAUUAUUUCUUUGCUGUGAUUGAUGAAGCUGUUACUCACAUGAUUGGACGUGUCAAAUGGAUGCCUCUCCUUGUGCUUAGUUCCAAGCUUUGUCCCUCUGGUAUUGAAGGCACUUUCUUUGCUUUGCUUAUGUCAAUUGAUAAUGUGGGGAUGCUUUCAUCAUCUUGGGCAGGAGGCCUUCUACUUCAUGUCUUGGAGGUUACUAGAACUCAAUUUGACAACCUUUGGUUGUCCAUUUUGAUCCGGAGCAUGUUUAGAAUCAUUCCACUUGGGCUGUUAUUUCUGGUGCCCAGAAGUGAUCCCAACUCAUCAAUCCUUCCAACUGAGAUGCUGAGGACCAAAAAGGGUGAUGAUAUACCUGAAUCUGAUAACAUCGAAAUGGCACCUCUUGUUAAUGGCACUUGACUAGAAUUUCAGGUGUCUUUAGAUGCAUCUUCAAGUAAGAUUGACUUCUGACUGAAACUAGAGCCUGAAAAUGAGUUUUAUUGGUUCUCCCCUCGUCUGCUACCUCUAACUAUGAGCAAGUUCCAUCAAGUUGACUGGAAAUAACUCAGGAUAUACCUUGAAAAAGCUGAAACCCAAAAAUAAUAAGAGGGUAAAGUGAUGUCUUUUUGUGCUUAUUGCCCGUUGUAAUUUCUUCUUCAAGCGGAGGGAAAUGUACGUCUGGGAGUCAUUAGAACUCUUUCUUUUAGUUGCUUUGCUACACUCCCUCAAUGGGAAAAAGUUAUUAUAUCAACAUCUGAUAAGUUGGAGAACGAUUGAGACUUUCCAGCCGUUGUGGCUUUUGUUCUCAGCUUCAGUUUUUCUCAGCAAUGAAACUCGUUUGAAGCUGGAGUGCAGACAUCAGAGUGGCAUUUUUUUAUUAUUCAUGAAAGAAUGGUGGCUCCAAGUUCCAACUUCUGCAGGUAGGCCUGUCCAUGUUUGCCUGGUGUACUAGUUUGGAAUUCUUACAUAUACCACUUUUGUUGUAAAACACUGCCUAGAUGAUUAGCACUAAAUCUGUUCUAAAUCAAGCAAAAUAAGAUUCCAUACCUUUUCCCUGAAUAUUUGUUUUU